GCAGCAAUGUCACUCCAAGCUGGUGCUCUCUACAUCAUCAUCUUUGACAGGGGCGUACCAGACAGUUUCCACUGGGGACUCUAUCACCACACGUCUAGCGAUCGAGGUAUCAAGUACCAUAUCAAACAGAUGGGAUCAUCCUGGAUCGCUGACCAUGGUGAGACGGGCGGCGCAACAAAGUCCAUUUACCUCAUCGGCUUUCUUCGCAUCGCACAAGUGCCCGCCGACAAAGUGGGUGACGUUAACCACAUCAUCACGAACGUGCCCUACACUUCCGUUCCGGGCCUCGACUGUGUGACGUGGACGAUGGAGAGCAUCCGGCGUCUUGUCAACGCAGGCUUCGUGCGCUGCAGCAAACUUGCCGAGUUACAAGACGAAGUUCAAGCGUUCGCAGUUGCUGAGCAUGAAAAUGCCGAACAGAACAAGCAGCCCCGGCCGAUUCAGGAUUCGCGUCUCUGU